GUUGGUGUGAGAUGGUACAGUCCAGGGACGUCCUGCGCGGGAGCGGAAAGCGUGCACCAAACUGAGGAGAGACAGCGGCUGUUUUCUAAGAAAAUAACACAUCUUCCUACACAAAGGCUCUAAACAAAAAUGGCUAGAGACUGGAAACCUGGCGACCUGAUCUUUGCCAAGAUGAAGGGAUAUCCCCACUGGCCUGCAAGAAUUGAUGAAGUUCCUGACGGUGCAGUGAAGCCAUCCAACAUGAAGUUUCCCAUCUUUUUCUUCGGCACACAUGAAACGGCAUUCCUUGGUCCAAAAGAUAUUUUUCCAUACCUGCCCAACAAAGAGAAGUAUGCCAAGCCCAACAAGAGAAAAGGCUUCAAUGAAGGAUUGUGGGAGAUUGAAAAUAACCCCAAAGCUGAACUCACUGCUCCCAAGCCGGUUCCUCCUAAUACUUUGACAGAAAAAGAAUCGGACAGCAGCACAGAAGUAGACGAAGAUGAGAACAAGGAGACCAAAUCUAAAGUCCCUGGAAGUGAUGCUGAGCAGGAGAAAGAGAUUGUGGAGGAGGAUGGUUCUGUGGUGUCAGAGCAGGGUCCUCUGAGUAAGGAUGGUGGUUCCCAGAAAGAUUCUAAAACUAAGAGAGGACGAAAGAAAAAGAAUGAUGAAAUUGAAAAUGAAAAAGAUGACGCACCUGCCAGUCCACUUAGUUCUGCAGGUGGAGAUGCUCAAAAACUUAGAGGUAGAAAGCCCAAGAAUGACAAGCAACUUCCCCUUCAGGAGAGUCAUGGAUCAGGGAAUGAAAUGGAGACAGAUUCAGACCGAAAGAGGAAGAGAACAACAGAAUCCAAAGUUGUAGAAGAUGAGAAGAGGAAGCGGAGGGAUGAAAGUAAAAAGACACAGGCAGAGGUCAAGGAGCCUGACCCCAAGAAGAGGAAGAAGUCCAAAGAUGGCCACUCGUCUGCCUCUGAAGAUGAAGAGAAAAACCAAGGCAAAAAGAAGAACUCUGAAAUGGAAAAAGACGCAAAGAGAAAGAAAGGGGAGGAAAUAACAAACAAGGAUGAUGGCAAGAAAAAUGAAGAAAGGACUGGAGCAAAGAAGAAGGAAUUGUCUACUGACGCAAAACUCCACAAACUACACAGUGAAAUUAGGAUUUCCUUGAAAAUAGACAACCCAGACAUGAAAAAAUGCUUGGAUGCUUUGGAUGAACUAAGUGCCCUCCAGGUGACCACUCAGCACCUGCAGAAACACAGUGAGCUAAUUGCAACACUUAAAAAGAUCAGACGAUUCAAAGCCAGCCAAGACAUUAUGGAUAAGGCGACCAUGUUGUAUAACAAAUUUAAGAGCAUGUUUCUAGUUGGAGAAGGUGACAGUGCGCUCAGCCAAGUGCUCAAUAAGUCUAUAGCUGAACAGAGACAACAUGAAGAGGCUAAGAAAGGUGCGCUGAAGAAAGCAGAGCAAGGCAAAGAAAACACAGACAAGACUGUGAACAGUGAAAUCAGUCUGGAAGAGAAGCAGGAAGCCGUAAAGGAGACAAAGGAGGAUGUCCCAGCAGCAGAGUUGAAUAGUGCCUUAAAAACACAAGAGGAGUCCUCCUGAGUGCCACAACAGCCUAGGACUAGGACCAUUCCAAACCAUUUGUCGUUGAUCUGCUGAAGCGUUAAGCAGCACACUAUUAUUCUGAAGUCUAUUAUAAAGUGAGAUCUACUCACUUCAUGCAGACUUCUCGGUUACUGCCAUUGUUAAUGAUCCAUCAUUUCAAAACAGGUUGUUGCCAAAGGUUUAACCAUGUUUAAGUGUCUGAUUUUAAGUUUCACUUUUAUCCAUUGCUGUAAAUAAGAGUAUUUUUGUGUUUAACCUGUCUAAACAUCCAUGAAUAAAGUGGUCUUAUUUUAUGUACUU